GCGACGCACAUGUCGAGGUGAAAGUGCAAGGCUGCCAUUUUUUCGAAGAAAUCUUCCUGAUUAGUUAGACGAGCAAAGAGAAACUGUGAGUUUCAGCGUCACUUUUCGGCAGUUUAGUUUCACCUGUCGGCGCACUGAGGACAUACUGUGCAGCGAUAUCAUACAGGCUCUGUGUAUUUGAACUCUGGUCGAGGCUCAGGCUUCGCUCGGGGCUGCACAGGUCUGCAGAUGGCUGCUUAGCUCGGCGGGCUAACGUUAGCUGUGGCUGUAAACAAACACUACAAACUGUCGAGAAACAGCUGCUGGUGAAAAAUCACACGCUCCGCAGCCUUUCUUGAACAGUUCUGGUCAAAACCUCAGCCAGAUUGGAGCUCAGUCGCUUUAGAGCGGGUCGGGGGGUCUAUCGGGCCACAGGGGAAACACACACACAGCGGCAUGUCGUCCUUCUCGGAGUCGGCCCUGGAGAAGAAGCUGUCGGAGCUGAGCAGCUCGCAGCAGAGCGUCCAGACCCUGUCUCUGUGGAUCAUCCACCACCGCAAACACUCGGCCCUCAUCGUCAAAGUGUGGCACAGAGAGCUAAAGAAAGCUAAAAGCAACAGAAAGCUGACGUUCCUGUAUCUGGCCAAUGAUGUCAUCCAGAACAGCAAGAAGAAAGGACCAGAGUUCACCAAAGACUUUGAGUCCGUCCUUGUCGAUGCCUGCUCCCAUGUUGCCAGUGAAGCAGAUGAGAGCUGUAAAAAGCACAUGGAGAGACUGCUGAACAUCUGGAAGGAGAGGAACCUCUACAGAGGCGACUUCAUUCAACAGCUCAAACUGGCAAUAGAAGACACUAACAGUCCCAGGCCUUCAGAAGAGAAGAAAGCUGUAAAACGAAGCUAUCAGAAGAUACAGGAAGAUGAAGAUGAUGAGGACAACGACUACAGAAGCCACAACUCCCCUCACAACACAGAUGCCGCUGCAACUCAGUUGACAGAGGAGCUGGUGAAGGCCCUGCAGGACCUGGAGAAUGCUGCAUCAGGCGACGCAGCUGUUCGUCAGAAGAUCGCCUCACUGCCGCAGGAAGUGCAAGACGUUUCCCUGCUGGAGAAGAUCACUGACAAAGAGGCAGCAGACAAGCUGUCGAAGACAGUGGAUGAAGCCUGUUUGCUGCUGGCAGAGUACAAUGGUCGACUGGCUGCAGAGCUGGAGGACCGGAGGCAGCUGGCUCGCAUGCUGACUGAAUACAUCAGCAGCCAGAAGGAGGCGCUGAUGGAGAGAGAGAAGAAACUAGAGGAAUAUAAGCAGAAACUGGCGAGGGUGACCCAGGUGAGGAAAGAGCUCAAGUCCCACAUCCAGAGUCUCCCUGACCUCUCCCUCCUGCCCAACGUGACUGGGGGUCUGGCCCCGCUCCCCUCAGCUGGAGACCUCUUCUCCACCGACUGAGGGGGUCCUUGCCUGGACGAACUACCCCGACACUCCUCCACACCCAAACCCAGCCCCAUGUUUGAUUCACAAGAAUACUCCCAGCUGUUGUCUCCAGCCAGAGGACACAUGUGGUCAAACCUCUCUCAGCAGAGUAGCCAGCCCACCUGCUAACUCCAAACCUGCAGGACGAGAGGGAGGAAGGGACAUUAGAAGGAAGGUUUGGUGAAAUCGUAACGCUCUGCAGAGGAGAACAGAGACUCUGUCAGCCUGGAUCUUUCCUGUUCUCACUCAAUCAACAAGGAUUCCACUCCACCAGCUUGGAACGAGUUUGUGUCCUGUUUGUUUUAAUUUUUUUAAAUGCUGGAAAUGUCACGGAGGAGGGGAGGGGUGAAGAAGCAAAGCAUCGACAGACAUAAAUGCUGGUUGUCAGGGCGUGUCAAUCAAAGUGUCUUUCUGUGUGGUAUAUUUUGGAUCAGUGAGCAAAGGUGGGCCGUUUGCUCUCCCAGUUCUCAGAGGUUGUGACUACACUGUGAAGAGGAUGUACCAUUCAUUAGUUUUAUUUUUAUUUUUGGCUUUCAGUUGGUGGCUUUUUAUUGACACAUAGUCUGAUAGGUGGUUUUGAUGAGUGUGUACAAUUAGAGAAGAUUUCAAAUUGGGUUAAGUGUAUGUCAGAUUUUGAAUGUUACAUGAAUGCUCAUGGCCGACAGCUGUUACACAGCACACUCAUUUCAGUAACGCUGCAUAGAGUCUGAAUGAAUAGGAUUUGUAAGACAUUUGUCAUCCUGACAGUUUAAAGUCAGUAGAUGCGCUUUGGUUUUUGUGAUGUUUUUUUUUUCUCAUUCACAGACUAAAACUGAGCAAUUCAAAGUAUUUGUUUUCACACUUUAAUUUGGACAAAUGCUUGAAAUGUGAUGCGGCUAAUUAUGUUCAUAUGUGUGUACUAGGCAAGGUUUGUGUUUUACCAAAAAAAAAAAAAAAAAAAAAAUCCUAGAGAUUGGAGAAACAAUUCAAAGUUUGCUUUCUAAGAAACUGCCUGGUUUUUAUUUGUAGGAAAACUGAAAUGCUAAAAUUCAAAAAGACAGUAUCUUUUGAAAGGGAAAAAUGGUGAGAAAGAACUAAAGAAAAGUGUUUUAGUUUUAGCGUAUGUAGGGUUGGCAGAUAUGGAAAGAAAGAAAUAUCACCAUAACUAGGUCAGAACAGGAAAUCUCUUUGAUCUUGUUGUAUAUCACAAGAUCUGCUUUGGUAUUGAAAGUCUAAUCUAUUCCACUUUAUCUCACAUAUCUAAUUCAAUACAUCAGAUAUGUGAGAUAAACUGAGACUGUCAUCCUCAGCUCCAAGUAUUUAAGAAAAUAGUUUAUGAUGAUUCAUUCACAUUAUUACAUUCACCCAGUAUGAUUAAAAUGCUUAACGAUGAUUGAUACAUUAAAUAUUUUACUAAAAAGUAGAAGCAUCAGACUCACCUCUAGAGUCUUUUAUUAAAAUUGAUAAAGGCUAAGGCAAAGGAUGACUUAUUCCCAGUGAAAUAUUUAGAAGUUUGUGAGGGCUCUCCAAGCUGUUCUCUGUCAAGGCCAGAACUAUAGGUAUCAUUUGUUUGGCUCAUAUUUGAUUUUCAGUUGUCUGUAUACAGAAAAUACAGGGAAAAAAUCAUUUAUGGAGAAGUUUUAUGAUAAAUUGUGCGAUAUGUUUACCAAGACUCAUUUUGUUUAAGCUUUCAGAAGCAAAUCACAGCUUCUGCUGUUGGUGGGAUGAGUGUUUUCAUAAGUUAAAUAAGAUUACAGUAACUGUAAUUUAACUGCUGACGCAACAAGCUUGGGGUUGAGAUGCUGCGACAAAUCCUUUUCAGUAAACUCUCUGAUUGAUUGGUGUCUCCUCACUGUCCUGAACCACAAAAUGUUUCAAACAGCAGGUGAAACUGUGACUCACAGCAGCUUUCCAGUGUUUGUUAAACCAAAUGUGUAAAUGUCAUCACUGGAGUCAUUGUGGGGCCCAAAACAAAUAAUUAGCCUUUAAAAUGACAUUAAUGUUAAACAAACUUUGGAUGUUGAAUAUUAAAGUGGAUGAAUUUUGACCCAUUAUUUGUUUAAAGAUAAUUACAAAAACUGUUCAAUACAACAACUGUACGCCAGGAGGGAUUUCAGCAACAUUUUGACCCAGGUGUGCUUCACUGUUGAUAUUAGUUAGAAAUUUUCUUACCUACUUGCUGUGUGGUAUGUGUUUCUCUCCGCAGAAUCAUACUGUACUACCAGGACUCCACCAGUAAGAGUAGUGUUUUUCUGUAAUGAAAGUGAUUCAGUGGAUGCCAAUAAACUGGAACCAUUUGAAAUAUUA